GGUCCCGGAACGGUUCUGCCUGGAGAUGGAGCAGUUGCCGCCAGGCCCCGCGCGGCGGGCCGUGCGGCUCUCGGAUGCAGCGGGAGAGAGGGACACAGAGGCGCUCCUGCCAGCAGCCCAGGCCAUGGAGCUGCGGAAGCGAGACUACUGCGUGGAGCGACCGCUGCUGAACCAGGAGCAGCUGGAGGAGCUAGGUCGCUGGGGCCCCGCACCCAGGACCCACCGCUGGCGCACCUGGCUGCAAUGCUCCCGUGCUCGGGCCCAUGCCCUUCUGCUCCAGCAUCUCCCCAUUCUCGCCUGGCUGCCGCGCUAUCCUGUACGGGACUGGCUGCUGGGGGAUCUCUUGUCUGGCCUGAGUGUGGCCAUAAUGCAGCUUCCACAGGGCUUGGCUUAUGCCCUCCUGGCUGGAUUGCCCCCUGUGUUCGGUCUCUACAGUUCCUUCUACCCUGUCUUCAUCUAUUUCCUGUUUGGUACUUCCCGGCACAUCUCCGUGGGAACCUUUGCUGUCAUGUCUGUGAUGGUGGGCAGUGUGAUAGAAUCCCUGGCCCCGGAUGAGGACUUGCUAGCUGUCUCAAACGUCACAGUCAACCUGCCGGAUGCCUCAAACUUCACAGAUAAUGAGACUGCCAGGGAUGCAGUCCGGGUGCAGCUAGCCUCCACGCUAGGCGUCCUGGUUGGCCUCUUCCAGGUAGGGCUGGGCCUAGUCCGCUUCGGCUUUGUGGUCACCUACCUGUCUGAGCCCCUGGUGCGCAGCUACACCACAGCUGCGUCUGUGCAGGUCUUCAUCUCGCAGCUCAAGUAUGUGUUUGGCCUCCAGCUGAGAAGCCGCUCCGGACCACUCUCCCUCAUCUAUACAGUGCUGGAGUUCUUCUGGAAGCUGCCCCAGACUGUAGUGGGCACCUUGGUCACCGCCCUGGUGGCUGGACUAGCGCUGGUGGCCAUAAAGUUGCUGAGUGAGAAGUUGCGGCGCUACCUGCCCCUGCCCAUCCCAGGGGAGCUGCUCACGCUCAUUGGGGCCACAGCCAUCUCCUACGGUGUGGGCCUGGAGCAGCAAUUUGGGGUGGACAUUGUGGGCAACAUCCCCGCAGGGCUGGUGCCCCCUGUGGCCCCCAACCCACAGCUGUUUGCACAGCUCGUGGGAAACGCCUUUGCCAUCGCCGUGGUGGGCUUCGCCAUUGCCAUCUCGCUGGGGAAGAUCUUCGCUUUGAGGCAUGGCUAUCGUGUGGACAGCAACCAGGAACUGGUGGCCCUUGGCCUGAGUAACCUCGUUGGGGGCUUGUUCCAGUGCUUCCCCGUGAGCUGCUCCAUGUCCCGGAGCCUGGUGCAAGAAAGCACGGGGGGCAACACACAGGUUGCUGGAGCCAUCUCUUCCCUUUUCCUCCUCCUCAUCAUUCUCAAACUUGGGGAACUCUUCCGAGACCUACCCAAGGCAGUCCUGGCCGCUGUCAUCAUUGUGAAUCUGAAGGGCAUGUUGCUGCAGUUCAAGGACAUCCCCACCCUCUGGAAAACAAACCGGAUAGAUCUGCUCAUCUGGCUGGUGACCUUUGUGGCCACCAUCCUGCUGAAUCUGGACCUGGGUCUGGCGGUGGCAAUAGUCUUCUCACUGCUGCUCAUGGUGGUGCGAACGCAGCUGCCCCACUACUCAAUUCUGGGGCGGGUGCCAGACACAGAUAUUUACCGAGACGUGGCCGAGUACUCAGAGGCCAGGGAGGUCCCAGGCGUGAAGGUCUUCCGCUCCUCGGCCACCCUGUUCUUUGCCAAUGCUGAGUUCUAUGGUGAUGCACUGAAGCAGCGGUGCGGCGUGGAUGUUGACUACCUCCUCUCCCAGAAGAAGAAGCUGCUGAAGAAGCGAGAGAUGCAGCUGAAGCGACUCAAGAAAAGCAAAACCCAGCCUCAGACACAGGCUGAUCCUUCCAAGGUCACCUCUGUUUCCGUCUAUGUCAACCCCAGCCAGGGGGACAUCAAGAGCGAUGACAUGGAAGACUCAAGGGAAAAGGUGAAGCCCGGAGAUUACCUGGAUGGUGUGGCGGCCAGCAGUCAGGAAGAUGCCAAGGCACCGAGUGGGUCCAUGCUGAGGAUGCUGGGCCUGCCCCAGCCCGACUUCCAUAGCCUUGUCCUGGAUCUAGGCACGCUAUCCUUCGUGGACACUGUGUGCCUCAAAAGCCUGAAGAACAUUUUUCGUGAGUUCCGGGAGAUCGAGGUGGAGGUGUACAUCGCAGCCUGUCACAGCCCUGUUGUUGCCCAGCUCGAGGCUGGAAACUUCUUUGACACAUCUAUCACCAAACGCCAUGUCUUUGCCUCUGUCCAUGACGCUGUCACCUUCGCCCUUCAGCACCCAAGGCAAGAGCCCGGCAGCUCUGCUUUGGCCACAAAACUGUGACUGUGCCACCAAGCCUGCCUGAAACCGCCAGCACCUCUGCAAGUCGACAUGGGGUGCUCCAGGAACCCCUCUCUGCCCCCGAUCCACUCCUGGAGCUGCCCUGGAGUCCCCUCCAAGCACAUACACACAACUCAGGGAUGGAGGUCUGGGACUCCCAGUUCAGUGCUCUGGGCUGGGCUGGGGCGCCGUAGUCAGGCUGGCCUUGGCUAGGCGCAGGGACGGAGCCGCUGCCUGUUUUUAGCCUCAGGAAUAAAGAUUGAUUAGCUCCACUCCUCGCUCUGCUAUGCCACGGUGGGGACUGGGAUGAGGCUGGGGAAGGAGCGGUAGUCCACAACUUUGGCUCCUAACCCCUCUUACUUUCCAGAGGGGAGCUUUGGGGUCACAAACCAGAGUGCAAUUCAGGGAGGACAGGGCCAAGCAGGGAGAGUACAGAACAGGGGAGCAGUGGGAAGGGUCGGGACCCAGUGUGGGGGCACCCCACCCUAGUCAGAGCUGCUUCUCUGAUGUAAUUCUCUUCUCAGGGACCCUAGAUCAGGUGCAGAGAUGGUUCAGGGAGCCCCUGAGGAGAGGAAGAGGGCUGCUGAUCUAUAUUUGAAAUAGGCAAGCAUGGCUGCCUCCCCUGGCAUUCUUAUACGCGCCCUGUGAUUAGAUCAGCCUGGCUUGGCAGAGCCCUGUCAGUGUGUGGCUCUGCGGGCACAUGCAUUGGGGAUGAUGGGGUGGGUGCCCAAGCCUUCCUGGGCCUCAGUGCCUCAACGUUCAUGGCAGCAGUGGCAACGGUACACUACCUGGGCUGCCUGAUGAGUGAGAGAUGUGGAGAUGCCAGAGAGCACUGGGCGUGGACCAGCCACUCUGAACACACAGACUGUGCCACUUACCAGGUACAGACCAGGUUCCAGGCCUGGAUGUGGUUCCCACAAGAAUAGGCCAGCCCAGUGCUGUGUCAGCACCCAGAACUGGAGUUUGCUGGGUGCUCAGACUUGGUUGAGGGAGGCAGGUGUGGGAGAGCAGGCCGUAGGUGAUGCACCCAAGGCUGUAGAGUAGGGACUGCAUUUUCUCCAGGUGACACAUGGUGACUUUCCAGGAAAGGAAAACAGAACAGCGAUGGGGGAGGGGUGAGAAUAAUGAGGCCAGCAGAGACAGGAAGGCUGGGCAGGAAGACCCUACAAGCCAGCACCAGUUCAUUUUCAUCUACUCAAAAGGCAGAGUAGGGCCUGGCAUGAUAGCUUAGUGGCUAAAGUCCUUGUCUUGCCCAUGCAGGGAUCCCAUAUGGGUGCUGGGUUCCCAGCUGCUUCACUUCCCAUCCAGCUCCCUGCUUGUGGCCUGGGAAUGGAGUAGAGGACAGUCCAAAGCCUUGGGACCCUGCACCUGUGUAAGAGACCUGGAAGAGACUCCUGAUUCCUGGCUUCAAAUCAGCUCAGCUCUGGCUAUUGCAGCCACUUGGGGAGUGAACCAGCAGAUGGAAAACCUUUCUCUGUCUCUCCUUUUCUCUGUGGAUCUGAUUUUCCAAUGAAGAUAAAGUAAAUCUUUCAAAAAAAAAAAAAAGGAUGACAGAAAUCUUCCAUCUGCUGGUUGACUCCCUAGAUGUCUUUAACAGCCAGGGCUGGGCCAGGCCAAAGCCAAGAGCCAGGACCUUCAUCCUGGUCUCCAUAAUAGGAGACAAGGAUCCA